GGCGGGCGGGGCGGCGUGAGGGCGGUCGGCUGAGGAGGGCUCCGGAGCCUCAGUUGUCUCCGGGAGCCUGCGCGCUUUGGGCUCCUGGCCGGUCAGCCUUUGGGUCGGGGUUUUCGUCCGUGACUCCCGUUUCAGCUCUGCGGGUGCGGCCGCGAGUCGGACCGUCCCCGACUUACAAUGGUUCAUCAUAAGAUUUCUCAACUUUACAAUGGUGCGAAAGUGAUAUGCAUUCAGUAGAAACCCUGCAUCGAAUUGGGAUCUUUCCCUGGGGCUAGUGAUGUGUGGUACAAUACUGUGUCGAUGCUGGGCAGUGGCAGUGAGCCAAAGCUCCUUGUCAGCCACACAAUCACGAGGGUAAGCAACUGACACUCUACAGUGUAUUGUGUUGCCAGCAUCUUUGGAUAUCGUGUUCUGUGUUUGUGCAUCCCAUCAUGUCUUCAAAACGCCUGUCUUUAUCUUCUGCUUCUGGCGGAAAGAAGAAGAGGAAGGCAAUUACUCUUGAGAUGAAACUCAAGAUAAUUGCCCAGCAUGAAGGUGGCAAGCCAGUGAUGGUCAUUGCACGUGAGUCAGGACUUUCGCAAUCCACGGUCUCAACCAUUUUAAAGGAUAAGAAGCGAAUCAGUGAUGCAGUGAAGUCAUCAGCAUCAAUUAAGUCCACUGUCAUCACGAAGAAAAGAGCUGGGCCAAUUGAUGAUAUGGAAAAAUUACUUGUUGCAUGGAUGGAAGAGCAGACACAGAAGCGCAUACCACUUAGCCUGCUGACAAUCCAGGCUAAGGCAAGAAGUCUUUUCAAUAUGCUGAAAGAGCGUGCUGAUGACCCUACCUACACACAGAUGUUUACAGCAAGUCACGGGUGGUUCCAACGCUUUAAAAAGCGUCAUAAUUUUCAUACAGUGAAGGUCAGUGAUGAAGCAGCAAAUGCUGAUAUUGAAUGUGCUGAGGCUUUUAAGGAGGAACUGCAUAGGAUAAUUAUGGCUGAAAAAUAUUUACCAGAACAGAUAUUUAAUGUUGAUGAGACAAGCCUGUUCUGGAAACGUAUGCUGGAGUGCACAUACAUUCAUCAAGAGUCCAAGACAAUACCAGGAUUCAGAGACCGUGUAACUCUGCUUUUGGGUGGAAAUGUUGCAGGAUUUAAAUUAAAGCCUUUUCUAAUCUACCACUCAGAGAAUCCCAGAGCAUUCAAGAAUGUGAGCAAGCACAUGCUUCCUGUUUAUUAUCGACAUAACAAGAAGGCGUGGAUGACAUCAGCAUUGUUUGAAGACUGGUUUUUGAACUGUUUCAUUCCACAGACAAGAGAAUAUUUUAGGCAAAACAACAUCCCAUUCAAGAUUCUUCUGAUUUUAGACAAUGUUCCAGGACAUCCACAACACAUUGGCGACAUGCAUCCUGCUGUAAAAAUGGUGUAUUUGCCACUGAACACAACCACACUCAUUCAACCAAUGGAUCAAGGAGCAAUCGCUGCAUUCAAAGCAUAUUAUUUACGCCGGACUUUUAUGCAGGCUGUUGAAGCAACUGAAUCUGGACAAACACUCCGAGAAUUUUGGAAAGGUUUUAACAUUCUAAAUGCUGUUCAGAACAUUGCUGCAGCAUGGGAAGAAGUCACGCAGCAGUGCAUGAAUGGCGUUUGGAAGAAAGUGUUGAAGACAUAUGUGAACACAUUCAAAGGCUUUAACAAAGAUCCUGCUGUUGAUGACAUAGUGAGUAAUAAGAUAUUAGUGCUUGGGAAACAGCUAGAAUUGGACAUUGAUGAAGAGGAUAUACAUGAACUUGUUGGCAUUGAGACUGAAGAGAUUUCUGAUGAGGAGCUGAUUGAACUGGAGGAAGAAAGAAGUGAAGAAGCUGAAGCAGAGAAAGGAGUGAUACCUGAGGCGCCAAAAGAGUUCACAACGAAGAAACUGGCCGAGGCAUUUGCUACUAUCAACAGUGGCUUACGGAUGUUAGAAGAAAUGGACGUCAGUUACGAGAGAUUUGCAAGAGCAGACAGGCAGAUACAGGAUGCUCUUGCUUGCUAUAGAGAAAUAUAUAAUGAAAAGAAGAGACAAAGUAUACAAUCAAACCAUGAUAUCUUGAAAAACAUUGUGUCUGCUAAACCAUCAACAGUUGUCCAAGCUCCAGUGUCUUCUACAAGCUAUACUCUAACCUCAUCGGAAAAGAGAGAAAUUGAUGACCCUGUUGCUGUAGCGUCCACAUCAUCCAGCAAUUAAUUUUAAUUCAGUGUGUUAAACGUUCUUCAGGCCCAGUGUACUUUCAGCUGUGUACGUUCAUGCCUUGACAACCAUCAUCCACUUUCUUUAAAUUUUAACUACUCGAAGUACCUCAUGUCGCACGGCUGUCAUCCAUCUCCUUCCUGAAGAUGCAUCCUGAUUUAUCUCCACACUUGCACACUGAGGAAUGCAACAUCUUAAUUAACUUGCUUAAGGAAUGUCACAAAAAUCACAACAUUCUGAAAUUUUUUGGUCAUUGCAACGAUCUUGAUCGGGAAAUGAGAAAAUGUUUGAAGAAUGAGUAUAUGCAGAAGAGGAUGAAGAGCAGGGAGCAUGGCAAUGCAAUGAGAAAGAGACUUUCUAAUGCUCCAGAGGAAUCUGAAAAAUAAAUCAUGUUUUCACUGAAUGCCUUGGCAGAGAGAAGGCUUGAGACUCUGGUUUGAGAGCCAAAACAGUCCUGUCUCAUUUGGUCUCAAGAAUCCUCUGACUGGAAAGUGCCCUGUGGAAAUGGAAUCAUGGAGAAACACGAAAACCUGGAUUCUGAAUAUCUGUCGGGCAGAGUCUCCAGUACCAUCUCUCUUCUCUUGACAAACCCAGCUUCCACCAUGUUUCUUUCCUUUGUCUGCAGCCAGUUAAUAUUUGAGUAACUUAUCUCCUUCAAUAAAACACUUUGUUUCAA